UUAAAGUGGGCGUUGCUUUGAGCUGCGCAUAAAAUAAUAAUAAAAGGAAAGCUCAUUUUUAACUUCAAAGAAAUUUAUAUUUUCUCCGGAAUCUUUUAAUUUUGACUGAAUUUGUGCAGCACUCGCUGAUACCAAAUUGAAAAUUUCUCUGCAAAACGCUACCCUUCAACCUUUAUCUAUCAGAGAUCCAUGGAAUCGGCUAAAGGAAAUCCACCAACUUCUCCCAGUGUCAGGGAGGAUCUUGUGAGAACGGCUGUGCAGUUUUUAACAAAUCCAAAAGUUAAGGACAGUUCUCAAGAGCACAAGGAAGCGUUUUUAAAGAAGAAAGGACUGAACGACAACGAGAUUACACUAGCAUUCCAAAGGUCGACACUUGCCACAGCUGUGAGCAAUCAGCUCUCAGUUCCUCACCCAGUUUCUCUUCCUCCUCAGUACUAUGGUCCCCCUCAGCAGCUGGUUAUCCAGCAGUCUUUUUGGUCCAGCUGGAUGAAUGUUACAAGAGCUGUCUUUGUAAUUGGCGGUGUUACCUGCAGCCUUUACUACUUGUUUGACAAAUAUCUUGGGCCUGUGAUUUUUGGAAAGAAAGACCGUUUGGUAAAGGUUGAAAAAACCUUAGAGUCGUUGGAGCAAAAGGUGAACGAAGCUCUCUCGACCCUCGCUCAAGUUACUUUGACUCUCGAAAAGCAACAAUUCGAGCUAGCUAGAAUUUAUGGCGAAAAGCAAAGGGAUUCUGGUGACAGUUCUGUUUCUAAAAUUGAGACUGAAAUUGCAAGCUUAAAAGGAAUAUUACUUGGCAGGAAACAGUUUCCGAUUCGCCCCAGCGGUUCGGUGGGUAUACCGUCUUGGCAGGUAAAGCCCAAGUGCAAGGACGAAGAUGAGACAACCUCUAAAGAUCCAAGUCCUGUCAGUAAUGGGACCAGCAGCCCAGAGCUCAUGGAGGCACUUGACGUUUCCGACUCAGCAGGAGAGCAAAUCCAUUCAGAUUAGUUUUCUUUACUUGCAUAGAAUGCCAUACUACAUUUACUGUGAUCUCCCUGUUGUUUCUUUCUAGUUAAUUUUUGGUAACGGAUUUCUCAGAUUUUUCAAUAUUCAUUUUUACUGUCAAACGGACUUCAAUAAAUUUAUUUAGCUUGAA